ACUCUUGACAUGUUUGCUAUCAAACUUUUUUUGGUCACUAAAAAAAAUCAACAAUUAGUAAUUUAGUCAAUUUAAAUGUAACAAUUUAAAACUUAAAUGCACAUCUACAUUUAAUACUUCUUAAAGGGGGAACAUAGACCGAACGCAUCGUCUCAGUGCUUCAUUUUUAAAUAACUUCCUAAUGGUGGUAGAUUUCUAAUAUUGACGGUGUUUCCUGUUCCUCACCGUGCCUCUGCUCAGGCCCACGUCUCUAAAAUAACAGGUUAAAUUACCUCACUGCAGUCGUACGUUAAGGUCACUGCCAUACUAAUGCUACAAGGCGCACAUUCAUGAGAUAAAUACAACACCCACAUACAUCUGGUUAAUGUUUAAUUACAUUGAUUGCGGUAUAUACUGUCCCUGAGCUCCGCUCUUGUUUCACUCUCUGUUACUGGACCGCGCAGAGCCACUGAGCUAAAAGCCUCAGCUGCUGCUGAGACUCCGCAGGCGGACUUCAACUGCAGCCCCUGCUUUACAUACACACAGGACUCGACAGGAGCAACAGCAAAAAAAAAAAAAAAAAAGCCUGCUGCUCACUCAGACCGAGGGACGGAUAACCUGAGACAGCGCGAUGUCUUCCCCCAGCGCCGCCUCCUCCUCCUCCGUCCCCUCGGGCCCUCUGAAGCCCAAAAGGAAGACGAAGAAGAAGCACUUCGUGCAGCAGAAGGUGAAAGUCUUCCGAGCCAGCGACCCGGUGCUGAGCGUCCUGAUGUGGGGCGUCAAUCACUCGAUUAAUGACCUGGGCCAGGUGCCUGUACCUGUCAUGCUGCUCCCGGACGACUUCAAAGCCAACGCGAAGAUCAAAGUGAUGAACCACUGCUUCAACAAGGAGAAUCUUCCGGGCCAGUUUAAAUUCAAAGAGUACUGCCCACAAGUGUUCAGAAACCUGCGAGAGCGCUUUGGCAUCGAGGAUCAAGAUUACCAGGUCUCUCUGACCCGCAGCUCUCCUCUCAGAGACGAGGAGGGGAAGUACAUGGGGCUGCGGCUCACAUCAUACGACCGCACUUUGGUGGUAAAAGAGAUUUCCAGUGAGGAGGUCGAGGAAAUGCACAGCAUCCUGUCAGAGUAUCACCAGCAUAUUGUCACCUCCCACGGCAGCACGCUGCUCCCUCAGUUCCUCGCCAUGUACAGAGUGACGGUGGAGAGCGAGGACACCUACCUGUUAGUGAUGAGGAACAUGUUCAGCCACAGGCUGCCAGUACACAGGAAGUACGACCUGAAGGGCUCCGUGCUGACUCGAGAAGCAAGUUUUAAAGAAAAGGUCAAAGAGCUGCCCACAUACAAGGAUGCAGACUUCUUGAAUAACAUGCAGAAGAUCUAUGUGAGCGAUGAGGAGAAAGAGAAGGUGAUGAACAAACUCAGCAGAGAUAUCGAGUUUCUCGUGCGCAUGAGGAUCAUGGACUACAGCCUGCUGCUGGGCAUCCAUGAUACCGAGCGAGCUGAGAGAGAGGAGGAGGACGAUGUGGAGUCAUCCUGUGAGGAGGAAGAGGAGGAUGAAAAUGACCCGGCUGCUCCUCCGUGCUCCACUUCCCCUGAAGGAAUCGCUGGCUACAUGAGCUCGCUCAAGCCCAUGGGACCUGGGGAGUUCGACCCUUAUGUGGACGUGUACGCCGUUCAGAGCGCCGUGGGUGCUGCCAGGAGGGAGGUGUACUUCAUGGGUCUGAUUGAUGUGCUGACGCAGUAUGAUGCCAAGAAGAAAGCCGCUCACGCUGCCAGGGCUGUCAAACACGGGGCGGGAGCUGAAAUCACAACGGUUCAUCCUGAGCAGUACGCCAAACGCUUCAAGGAGUUCAUCGCAAAGAUCUUCGCCUAGUUCAAGGAUUGAUUGUCUUUUGAUGCCAACUGCACAAUACCCACAAGAAACACUAAACAUCUACAGCUGAAAAGUCUAUGCAGAAGUAUUUAUGUUUAUUCAACUUAUUAAAAUGUGCUCACAUUAAGAUAAUUCAAUCUGGAGCAUAGUUCUGGCCUCAGUCGUGCCAAACUCUUCCUGUUUUCGGAUGAUGCACAGUCUCUCUGAAGGCUUAUUUUAUUGUGAGCUUCUUCAAUUUUAGGCAAAGACAGCCAGAGACAAUUUACAAUUUGGCUAUCCUAAAUGGACUUUUAUUAAAGGGCAAAGCAAAUCCAAAACUACUGAAAAUCUGCUGGAGAGGAAACUUCUGGGUCCAGCGUUUUGCACUCACCUAAAGCAGAAACGACACAACUUUGAAGACCAAGAUGUCUGUGUUGUGGACAGAGAAGACGGGUCGUUAUAAAGAGGCAUCAAAGAGGUCGACAUAAAAAGAUUUUCUCUGGUUGCAUCCAGGGAGUAAAACCUGUUGGUCAUGUGACCUCUUCUGAUGAAGUCAUGUGACUUACUUUUCUGUGUUAAAUGUCAGAGAUAUUUCUGGUUUGCAAGCCGAGUGAGACGCUGGAUUAAAAAAAAUGAAACAUUUUGUGCCUUUUUGAAUGUUUUUUAAUGUCCAGCGUUUAAAGAUUAAACCUUUGUGAGUUCUG